AUGAACGCCCAGACGAGAGCGCAUUGGGAGAAAGACCUCAAGGACCUGCACAUGGUCUACGACUACAAUGCCCAGGACGAGCACGGAAACCCCGAGAAGUGGAGAUACGAGAUCUGGUUCCAGAUGGAGGACCGCGUCGUCUACAAGAUCCAUGGCGGUCCGAUGGCAGGACGCGUCAAUUACCAGACUUGCAGCUUCCAGUGCAUCCGCCCCGGCGAGCUGUGGCAGUGCAAUUGGUUGGAAGGCAGAAACCGGGACGAUCGUAUCUCUGGUGUACGAUAUUCCGAACAAGAAGAUUACCACGUUGAUUGCAUUCUCGAAAGGUAA